AUGUAUAUGCAAAAUCUCACCACCCGCAUUGCUGAGCUUGAGGGCCUAGGGUUAACCAUCCAUGUGAUAGCUAUUGACCUCAGCAGACCCAAUGUGUACUUUGUGUUAGCCCAAGCCAUCCAUGAGUUGAAUAUACCACCUGUCAGAGGUGUUUUCCACGGUGCUGGUACUGCAGGCUAUCAUACACUCAAGAAACACACUCUUCUUGACAUGGGAAAUGUAUUGGCGCCUAAGGGUAGCUGGUGGGGUGUUGGAAUGAUGGUGACAAGUAUGUUAGUUAUGUGGAUGUUGAAUAGAGAAAUGGAAGCAUCAGGCAUUGCUGCUAUUAGCAAGGAAGAGGCCUUGAAUGCUUUGGACUAA